AUGUCGAAAACUGUUCAUAUCGAGUCGACCGUACAAUUCUCCAACCUGCUAUCCUCCUCUAUCAUUGUCGUUGCCGACUUCUACGCCGACUGGUGCGGACCAUGCAAACAAAUUGCUCCAGUAUAUGAGGAAUUAUCGGCCAAACUGUCCAAGCCAAACAAAAUCACAUUUGCCAAAAUCAACACCGACCAACAACAAGAUCUCGCACGGUCUUACAAUGUUAGAGCCAUGCCUACUUUUAUGAUCUUCAAGAACUCUCAACAAAUCCAUUUCAUCGAAGGCGCCGACCCAAGAAAGCUAUCGCAGGUGGUGAAAGACCUCGCAAAUGAGGCAAAUAAGUUGGAGGGCGAGGAUGCUGGUGGCAGUUCAAGUGGCGGGACAUGGCUAGGCGCGGAACUUCCUCGUGGAUAUGGGGACGUGACUAGCUCCGUCGAUUUCUUGAGCCUGGAGUUGUUGAAUUGGGACUCUACACAUGGAACCGCAAGAACGUUGAUUAGUGGCGACAAGCCUAAAGGUCAAGCGGAUGCGAAAGAUUGGGUUGAAAGUGACACCGACGAACAACUCAUGCUCUACAUCCCUUUCCAAUCCACCCUGAAGAUCCAAUCCAUUCACCUCACCUCCCUGCCCGAAAACACGGAUGACGACGAGCAACCCAGCAGGCCAAAAGUGGUCAAAAUCUACACCAACCGACCACACAUUCUUGGGUUUGACGAGGCGGACGACACACAGCCAGCACAAGAGGUUACUUUGUCAGAAAAAGACUGGGAUCCCAAGACAGGUACUGCCAAACUUGACCUGCGCAUUGUCAAGUUCACGAAUGUUUCCAGUCUGGUCAUUUUUGUGGUGGAGAGCGUAGGAGACAACGAGAAGGUUAGAAUUGACCGAAUCAGAAUCAUCGGCGAGACUGGAGAGAAGAGAGAUGGCAAGAUUGAGAAGAUAGCAUCGGAUGAUUGA